GAAAGCUGGCGCCAUCUUGGUUGUUGUAAUGAAUAAGCCAGUGGAGGGAAAAUACAAGUGACUUCACUUUUCGAGGAAAGGGUGAAAUUGCCCUCGUAGGCGAAGUUCAUCCUGCCGUAGUGAGAGCCACCUGGGGCGAUGUUUUACGCCCACUUCGUCCUCAGUAAACGUGGGCCGCUAGCCAAGAUUUGGCUGGCGGCUCACUGGGACAAGAAGCUAACCAAAGCCCAUGUCUUCGAGUGUAACCUGGAGAGCAGCGUGGAGAGCAUCAUCUCGCCAAAGGUGAAAAUGGCCCUACGUACCUCCGGUCACUUGCUGCUGGGAGUGGUCAGGAUCUACCACAGAAAAGCCAAAUAUCUCCUGGCUGAUUGUAACGAGGCUUUCAUCAAGAUCAAAAUGGCCUUUCGUCCAGGUGUGGUGGAUCUUCCGGAAGACAACAGGGAGGCGGCCUACAACGCCAUCACCUUGCCUGAGGAGUUCCAUGACUUCGAUCAGCCACUACCUGACCUGGAUGACAUCGACGUGGCCCAGCAGUUCACCCUUAACCAGAGUCGUGUAGAGGAGAUCACCAUGCGGGAGGAAGUGGGGAACAUCACUCUGCUGCAGGAGAACGACUUCGGUGAUUUUGGCAUGGAUGACCGCGAGAUCAUGCGUGAGAGUGGCUUCGAAGUGGACAUCUCUGCUGCGAACACCAACCUGCUCCUGGAGUCUGAACCCGGCACCUCCACCCUGCCAGACAAGUCCCAGAUGGAUUACGACGACUUCGGGGACAACAAUGACCUGGGCAACAGCGAUGGAGGAAUCCUGAUGGAUAAGCUGCUCAGUAAUGAGGACGGUGGCGGCAUCUUUGAUGAGCCGCCCACAGUCAACGAGCCGGUGCCACUGCCCGCAGGUCCCGAUGAUGAUGACGACUAUGACGCCUUCUCCCCUGCUGGCGGUCCCGACAGCCCGGACUCCGGCCCAGCGGAGCCCCUGCCCACCAUGGCGGACCACACGGAGCAGACCACUCUCGUGCACAACGAGGAGGAGGCCUUCGCUCUGGAGCCCAUCGACAUCACUGUUAAGGAGACCAAGGCCAAGAGGAAGAGGAAGCUGAUCGUGGACAGCCUGAAGGAGCUGGACAGCAAGACCAUCCGCGCCCAGCUGAGCGACUACUCCGACAUCGUCACCACACUGGACCUGGCGCCCCCAACCAAGAAGCUGAUGAUGUGGAAGGAGACCGGAGGAGUGGAGAAGCUCUUCUCCCUGCCUGCUCAGCCCCUCUGGAACGGAAAACUCCUCAAGAUGUUCACGCGCUGCCUGACGCCGCUGGUGCCAGACGAGCUGAGGAAGAGGAGGAAGGGCGGCGAGGCCGACAACCUGGACGAGUUCCUCAAGGAGCUGGAGAGCCAGAACCCAGAGGUGCCCCGCACCGACGAGCUCAUGUCACACUGCGGAACAGUCAUCGAUCAGCCGAUUAUUGAGGAGCCCAGCCUCCUGCAGGCGUCCUCCAUCGAGGGCAGCCGGACCACGCUGGACGAGACCCUCAUGCCCCCUCCCUCAAGCCGCAGGCUGAAGCGCAAGUCCAACGAGAUGGAGGCCUCUCUCCCUACGGGUACAGUGGACCUGCCCCCAGACCAGACCAUGCUGCCGGUGAACCAGUCCGACCUGCCUCAGGUGCCCCUGCCGCUGGAGCAGAGCGCCGAGAGCAUGCUGGUGCGCGAGCUCAACAUGGAGGAGGAGAAGAACAAGGAGAAGGAGAAGGACGACAGCGAGGAGGAGGAGGAAGAGGAAGGCCAAGACGACGGCCAGGAUAAGGAAGAAAGGCGCUGGAACAAGAGGACCCAGCAAAUGUUACACGGCCUACAGCGGGUGGUUGCUAAGACCGGCCAGACGUCCAUCAGUCUGCUGGAUCUGUGUAAGAAUAACAACAAGAAGCAGGCAGCUGCCAAAUUCUACAGUUUCCUGGUUCUGAAGAAACAGCAGGCUGUGGAUUUAACGCAGGCCGAGCCAUUCAGCGACAUCAUCGCCACACCUGGGCCCAGAUUCCACAUUGUAUAGACAGAUUUUGUUUCAAAACUUUUUUCUAUGUGUAUUAUUGUUGUUAUUAUGCUAUUGUGUGGAUUUUGGGAGGGUUGGGGUUGGUGAGGGUUGGUUGACUUAUUGUUUUUACUGUCUGAGAGAGAGUGGGGUAAUCAUGCCAUUGUAAAAGCAGGCGAGAGGGAGCAAAGGCGUGAAGGCAACCAUGCAUGUUUUAUAUCCAGCUACUGUGGUCCAAACCUGUCUGCCACUGGGACUAGACUGUAGUAUUACAUUAAUUUGCUAACCCGAUAAUUUUGGUACAGUUACCUUAGUCAACCAUGUUUAAGGCGUUUUACUUUUUCUUGUAAUCGUUUUGGGAGGGGAGGGCUGAGCUGGGCUGGGCUGUGGGUGUUACUGCCUCUGAAAUCUCCAAGCACUAGUACCAUUUCCUUCUUUUAUCAUUUGAUGUACAGUCUUAUCAAGUCCCAUUAAAUAGUUUUCACUUCUUUUUCUCAAUUUUAACUACUGUGAAGUUCACAUUGCUUUUAGACUAUGUAGUAUUUUGUCCUGCACCAUUGGAGGAUGGAUUCUGGAUUUGUUUCAUACGAGUCAUGGUGACAUCAGAAAGUGGAUUGCCAGAUCCGAACUGUGGAUUGCCAGAUCACAAGCCUUUUUGUUCUUUUAUUUCCUGCCUGUUUGGUUUUCAGUUUUGUCCAAUAACAUUUUGUAAACCUACUGUUAGUCUUUGUAUUAUCUUUUAAAUCUUCUUUCAUAAUUGCUAAAAUUAUUUUAUGAGAGAAGUUUAUUUUCUUGAGGAAUAUUUGUAAAAAAUGCUGAACUUAUUGUUUGUAGUCUUUCACAAUAAAACCUAGAAGAAAUGUA